AUGGAAAUGAGCGAGCGCCGCCGUGGCGUGGCUCUGGCCAUGGCACUGGGGGGCAGGACGCCGGCUUCCCGUGGUCCCUGCCGCUACCGCUCCUGUCGUUCCACGAACCUGGUAGUGAAUCGGAUCGGCCAUGGUGGAUGCAGGGGCAGUGGUCGGGCCGAGGGCAGCCAGGAGGCCGUGCCGGGGCCUGAAGGCAGGCCCCUGGGGUCGGAGAACUUGCUUCUCAGAGGAGCCACGCUGAAGAACACCGAGAAGAUUUUUGGUGUUGCUAUUUACACAGGCAUGGAAACCAAGAUGGCAUUAAAUUAUCAGUCGAAAUCCCAGAAACGAUCUGCUGUAGAAAAAUCCAUGAACGUGUUCCUCAUUGUGUACCUCUGCAUUCUGAUCAGUAAAGCGCUGAUAAACACCGUCCUGAAGUACGUGUGGCAGAGCGAACCGUUCCGGGACGAGCCGUGGUAUAAUCAGAAAACCGAGUCAGAAAGACAGAGGAACCUGUUCCUCAGGGCGUUCACGGACUUCCUGGCCUUCAUGGUCCUCUUCAACUACAUCAUCCCCGUGUCCAUGUACGUCACGGUGGAGAUGCAGAAGUUCCUGGGCUCAUAUUUCAUCACCUGGGAUGAAGAAAUGUUUGACGAGGACACAGGGGAAGGGCCUCUGGUCAACACCUCGGAUUUAAAUGAAGAAUUAGGACAGGUCGAGUACAUCUUCACGGACAAAACCGGUACGCUCACGGAGAACAACAUGGAGUUCAAGGAGUGCUGCAUCGAGGGCCACGUGUACGUGCCACAUGCCGUGUGCAACGGGCAGGUGCUCCCCGGCACCUUUGGCAUCGACAUGAUCGACUCCUCCCCGGGCGCCGGCGCCAGGGAGCGAGAAGAGCUGUUUUUCCGGGCCCUGUGUCUGUGCCACACCAUCCAGGUGAAGGAUGACGAUGACGUGGACGGCCCGAGGAAGUCGCCAGACUCGGGGAAAUCCUGUGUGUACAUCUCGUCUUCUCCUGACGAGGUGGCCCUCGUCGAGGGUGUCCAGAGACUUGGCUUCACAUACCUGCGGCUGAAGAACAACUACAUGGAGAUCUUAAAUAGGGAGAACGACGUGGAAAGGUUUGAAUUGCUGGAAAUUUUGAGUUUUGACUCAGUAAGAAGGAGAAUGAGUGUGAUUGUAAAAUCUGCUACAGGAGAAAUCUAUCUGUUCUGCAAAGGAGCAGAUUCUUCAAUAUUUCCCCGGGUGAUAGAAGGCAAAGUCGACCAGAUCCGGGCCAGAGUGGAGCGCAAUGCGGUGGUGAGAUGGGGCGGAGGGCGGCUCGCGAGUCCCACGCCGGAGGGCGGCCUGGCCACAGCGCCCUGUGCUGUCCCCUGAGGGACGCACUCUGAAGGCCACAUGCGCCCCAC